CCCGACUUUAUCGAAACACAUGAAGGGCUUCGAGUGAUGCAACUUCAAGAUUCCCAUUCCCCGUCCCUCGAGGCGAGUCCCAACACCCCGACGCAGGAGGGCUUCUAGGAGGGCUUUCAUAUGGGUGCAGUCGAUACCGCCUUCCGUCUUACCAACGUGCGCUCUGAUUUGGUCCUCGCCGUCAAGAAAGGUGGAGGUGAAUUGGUUCUGGACGAACGAGAGACCCGCCCGAACGAGUACGAGGACCCUGACCCUUCACAGCUCUGGCUGCAGAAGAAAGAUGAGUGCCCUGUCGGCGCUUUCCGUAUCGUGCCGAAAUCCUAUCCCCAUCUCGUGCUCAGAGUUCGUUCUGAGCACGGCCAACACAAACUCGUCCUUGCCCAGCCGACAAGUGGCCAGUCGGCCACGCACGAGCAGUGGAUGGCGCGAAAUCCCGCCGAGGUGCAACAGGCAGCCCCUUUCGAUGUCCGCGACGCGUUUGGGGUCCCCUGCUGCUGCCAGCCAUCGACAGAGACGGGUGGCAACACGGAGGUGGACGUGUCGAAGAGCAAGCGGCGCAGCAGCGAGGUGGACGACCCAGUGAAUCUGUCCUGUGUUGGGCUGCCCACCCUUGUGAUAGCUGUGGUGGCGACUGACGACGGACAAAACAUCGAGAUGGUGAAAGCGAGAAAAAGUGGGCGGCAGGAGGCUCUGUGGCAAAGCAGCCGGCCAAUCGUCCUUCAGGGUAAGCUUCCAUCUUACCCCUUCAGAGGUGACGGUUGCCAUUUGUUUGUUUUUUUCUUCCUGAUUUGUUUCCAGAGGUGAGCGGUGAGCUAUUCUGGGGUUGUACGUGAACCGUUGCCUUGUCGGUCGGCCCGUUCGUAUCUUGCAUUCAGCUCAGCGUCUUCGAGGCGAGCUCUCAGGGCAACGUGGCAUCUCUGCAGCGCAUCGUCAGAAAGAGGGGUGCCAAGUGCCUGCAGGAGGCUGAUCAGGUCACAAACACGGGCGGUAAGCACAUUCCUCUUGCGUUCCUUCGUUUGUCGGCCAUGCAGGAAGGAGUCACACCGCUUCGAUACGCGGUAGAAGGAGGGCAUGUGGAAGCAGUCGAGCAGAUUGUGGCUCACGGAGGCGCAGACUUGAUCAAAGAGAGCGCUGCGGUAAGAGACGAGCAGUUCUGCGGUAAGAUGUGAUUCUGCACUUCUUUGCAGAAUCACCCUUCGUUGCUGCACCUGGCAGCGGCCAUGGGCAUGGAGCCCGUUGUGACGACGCUCGCCAAGGCCGCAGGGCCGGAGCUGCUCAACGUGGCAGGGGCGGGUGGGAUGCCUCUGUUCCUUCUCGCCUCUUCCAAGGGCUGGACAGAGGCGAUGAAGGCAAUGUAUGCGAGGAACAAGGGCGUGAUCGAGCAGAAAUUUGGAACGGUAAGCGUCGAGUAAAACAAGUAUGCGCCAAUCAGUGUCCCCUUCUUCGUGAUGGGGUGAAGGACGAGUUCUUUGCCAUUCACUGGGCUGCCGAGAAAGGGCAAGCCGGUGCCGUCAACGUACUAAUUGACUUGGCCGGGCCGCAACAACUCGACAAACGCGACAAAGUACGACAAUGAAGCCAUAGUGAGACAACAGCCCUCAACAUCAACAAGGGCGAGACAUAGGGUUGUGUUCCGCCCUUUCCUUGUUUUGCUGUCCACCUGCGCAGGACAACACUGGCCCCUUCCUUGUUGCUGCCUUCACUGGCCAGCUGGAGGUGAUGCAGGCCAUGUAUGCGAGACAGGGGUACCUAAAUCUGUUGGGGCAACAAGGACAGGUGAGACACGUGCAAUCACACUCCUUCUUAGGUCGUUCUCUCUGCUUUGCUUUUUGUUCACAUCCAAAGGAUGGCUACUAUGGUAUAGGUCCCACAUGAGAAAGAUGAGCCGCAUUCGAUUGUUGAUCACCCUUUUGGUCUUUCUGCAGCCAUCCAUUGCGCUGCAGAAAAGGGUCACGUGAAGGUAGUCGAUCAGCUGAUGCAGUGGGACACUAGUGUAUUGGACAAGCGCACAACCGUAAGCAGUAUCCUGACAUACCAACAUGGCGAGUGUGCGGCCGCUCUUGCCUUUGCAUGUUACAGAAAGGGAGCACGCCAAUGUUCUUUGCAGCUGCUGCAGGCCACUUGGGCGUCCUUCAAGCCAUGUUCUCGAAGAAAGGGAAGACACUCCUGGAGCAAGAGACCCCUGUGAGCACAUUCAGACUAUGAAGAGGCUUCAUUUCGGAUGGCGAUGUAUGCGAGCAGUUUGGCAGUGUGCCGCUACAUGGGGCCGCUGCUAACGGGCGUUGUACCGUCAUCAGCCAGCUGCUGGACUGGGAUGUGGACUUGCAGCUUAGUAAACGUCGAAAGGUGAGUGAGAUGAGGUGGGGUGCAGAGGUCGGUCCGUGUGCGUUUCCCCGGCUCUUGACAGGACAACGGUGCCACGCCAUUCGUGUAUGCCGCCCAGGCACAGCAGGUCGAUGCGCUCAAGACGGUGUACGACAAGGCGGGGCCGCGGUCGCAGAAGGCUCUGCUGGACCAACAAGACAGCGUAAGUCGUUCAUGUGUUUAUGUACUGGCACAACUAUUGCACUCCAACGCCAUGCUGUACUCGGUUCAGCAUGGGUGGACUGCAUUGCAUCAUGCUGCUGACCAGAACAACGUUCGUAUGGCUAGUCUGCUGCUCCAGUGGGGCGGUGUGUCCCUGCUGAACAAACGGGCAAAGGUGCGUUGAAUCGAAACACAGACUGACGACAGACUUCGAUUUCUUCAGAAUGGAGACAGCCCGUUCCAUUUCGCAUGCAAUGCUGGUCAUCUGGACGUACUACGAGUGAUGUAUAGCCACGACCCAAACAGUGGAGCGGCUCUGCUGAAGCAGCAGGAUUCUGUAGGCAAAUUUGCCGAUGAGUCCUCGAUGUCUCCUUCACUUCAAUUGGUGUCUCUCUGCGCAGAAGGGGAAGGUUCCGCUAGACAAGGCCUCGGCUGCUGGGCACACCAAUGUAGCGAGGCAGCUGCUGGAGUGGGGAGGCGUCAACGAGGUCGACAGUGUAAGUCGAUCGGACCAUCCUAGUCAGACAAAUCCCUUUGUCUCUCUUCUUGGUCAACCGCAGCAAGGUCUCACUAUGUUUCUCCGCGCUGCCCGGGACAAUGACCUUGGGAUGCUCAGGACGAUCUAUGAUGCCGCCGGAAUCAAGAAACAGCUCUUAAACCAGCAAGAUACGGUAUGCAUCCAGCAACAAUCCAUCCAGCAGCAAUACACGGGCGUUUUCUCUAUGUGCUGUCAGAACGGGAAUUUUGCAAUCCAUUUGGCGACUUUGCCGGGCCAUACGUCUGUCGUCAAUCAGCUGCUAGCGUGGGAAGGCCGCGAGGCACUUGAAAGACGUAACAAGGUCAGGAAUUUAGUGACCGGCAUAUCAUCUCGCGCUGUCAGUCAAACACCUGAUGGCCUCUGUGUCAGAGCAAAACCACCGCGUUCAUGCUUGCGGCAAAGAAAUAUGAUGGCAGCCUGAUGCGGGCGAUGUAUGCUAAGGGAGGCAACGAUCCGCUCUAUCACAAAGACCAGGUGAGAGGAACCGAGUCGCACGAUAUACCUGCCAAUUUGCAUGCGUCUCAGAAUUGCAUGAUGGCGGUUCACUAUGCCAUCGAAGCGGCUAGCCCGCUCGGCUCCGACUGUCCGAAUGUCAAUCUUCUUCUGCAGUGGGGCGGAAGGGGCAUGGUUGACGUGCGCGUUGGAGAAGGCGGCAAUACAGUGUUCAUUGUGGCCGCCCUCAUGGGGCGGAAGGCCAUUAUGGAAGCAAUAAGAGACUAUGUCAACAACGAUGCACACCUGCUGUUUCAACACAACCAUGUACAGUACAGUCACUUGUGCCGACUGUCUUGCAUCAUGCAGCAAGUUGUUUCUUCUGUGUGUGUGUUUGUGUGCCUGGUGGCAAUAUGAACAGUACGGCAACACUGCGCUUCACAUGGCCACCAUGAGAGGCGAAGGUCACAUCGUGGCACAGCUCAUGAUUUGGGGCGGUCCGUAUAUCAACAAUGUGCGAAACAUGGAGGUACGUGAUCGAUGGAACGCUCUCUGACUGAACUACGUCAUGUGUCUCAGGGCAAGACGCCGGUGGACCUCGCGCCAACUGCAGAUAUUCGCAAGACCUUGACUCUACCGAGGUUUGAGAAAUACGAUGCUCAAGGAAGAAAGGAGUGGCUACCGGCCGUGGGCGGCGUAAGUUGGCACAUGGGCGGCGAUUCAAGUUGGCUGUACUAAGGAUAUAUGUUGACCAGGCAGUUCACUUGUGUCUUGCUUAAUUGCCUGUGGACAGCGCAAGGGGCUAAGGCAUGACCUAGCGGCAUGGGGUCUGCGACUGCUGUCUGUGUGUG